UUUGACAGAUUGCAGCUGAUCGGUAAUUUCAGACUGCAUUCGGUACGAAUUAUACGAACAUUGAAUGAAUGUUUGUUUUGAAAAAUAAUUAAAAUGUUUCCAAUUAUUAAAAAAUCUCGUUUUCGAAGCUAUUAUGUGACUUUACGAAAAAAAGGUAUUUGUUUGCUGAAUGGUGCAAUAUACGGUGAUGAGCUGCUGAUUCAGCGACGACAGAAUGUAAUUGCGCGUUUGCUGUGUUCUACUACUAAACAGUCAACCUGUGGAGAACUCUGGGGCGAAGAAUGCCAACAGUAUGGACUGAAAUUCGAUUCCCUCAGUAGUACACCGCCAAAAAAUGCUCGGGUGGUGAUUUGCGGUGGUGGAAUAAUGGGUGCCGCUGUAGCUUAUCAGUUGGCGGAUCGCGGAUGGGGCCCACAUACGGUGCUGAUCGAAAAAGGACGGAUUGGCGAAGGUAAUCCAUGGCAUUACAGUGGAUUGCUGGGUGAGCUUAAACCAUCAUAUUCACAAGUGCUGUUGGCUCAAACUUCGCUGGAAUUAAUUAAGGAGUUUAAUAGGAAAGGUCUUCCUACUGGUUGGAAGCAAACUGGCUCACUAAACCUAGCAAGAACUCGAGAUCGUAUGACGAUGUUUAGACGAAUGAAAUCACAGAGUGUGGCAUGGAAUGUGCCAUGUGAGCUUGUUUCACCAGAACGAUGCAAAGAGCUCUGUCCGAUAAUAGAAACUGAAGAUUUGAUUGGGGGGCUUUGGAUUCCGAAUGAUGGCAUUGGUAAUCCUAAUGCAUUUUGCCAAAGUCUUGUGAAGGAAUCAAUAAAUAAAGGUGUCACCGUGGUGGAACAAUGUUCUGUCACAAAAAUUGUUCAAGAAGACUGGAGAGUGAAGGCAGUCGAAACAACUAAUGGAACGGUUGAGUGCGUCUAUUUUGUUAACUGCGCGGGUUUUUGGGCCCGUCAAGUUGGUCAGUUGUCCGAACCAUACGUGAAAGUACCUCUACAUGCUGCCGAACAUUAUUACUUGCACACGAAACCGAUUUACGAACUUAACUCCAGCAUUCCGGUAGUUCGAGAUCUUGAUGGUCACAUAUAUUUUCGGGAGAAUAACGGCUGUUUACUUGCUGGUGGAUUCGAAAAUACUGCUAAACCAGCGUAUGAAGAUGGUGAUGUCCCAGUUUCUAUGACUGAACGAGAGCUUCCUUCCGACUGGGAUCACUUUCAUCCAUUGUUGGACGAGUUGCUACACAGAAUUCCCUGCUUGAAGGACGCGACGCUUGAACGGUUGUCCAACUGUCCCGAAGCUUUUUCGCCGGAUUGCAAAUGGAUUAUUGGAGAGGCUCCUGAGAUUCAAAAUUAUUUAGUCGCUGCAGGAAUGAAAACUAUUGGAAUGUCUGCUGCUGCUGGAGUUGGCAGAGCAAUCGCUGACAUAAUCACGCAAGGCUAUUCAACAGUGGAUCUACACGAGCUGGAUAUUUCACGGUUUCUUGGUUUGCACAAUAAUCGAAAAUUCCUGCGAGAUCGAGUACGCGAGGUCCCUGGUCUGCAUUAUGAUCUGAACUAUCCAUUUCACGAGUUCCGUACGGGUCGAAAUUUGCGUAUGUCACCAAUUUUUCCUGCUCUGAAAGAAGCCGGUGCUGUGUUUAGUCAGGUAAUGGGUUACGAACGACCAGCCUGGUUCGAUAAAAAUGAUUCUGUGGAUGAGAAGGGAAUACCGAAGUUUAGAAUUGCAACCACCAAAGGAUUUGGUAAGCCACAUUGGUUCGACAAUGUUCAAAGUGAGUAUGACGCAUGUCGAGAGAAAAUAGGAUUGAGUGAUUAUAGCACCUUCACGAAGAUUGAUAUGUGGUCGAAAAGGCGGGAAGUAGUAGAUUUGCUCCAAGAGUUGUGCUCAAAUGAUAUUGAUCAACCGGUCGGGUCUAUUGUGCAUACCGGGAUGCACAAUCGACAUGGCGGUUACGAGAACGAUUGCUCACUUGCGAGACUGUCUGAAAAUCAUUACAUGAUGAUUGCACCGACGGUUCAGCAGGCACGUUGUAAAGCUUGGAUUGAGCGCCAUUUACCUCCAGGGGGUAGAGUAAGUGUAUCGGAUGUGACAUCAAUGUAUACUGCCAUCUGCGUUAUGGGUCCUUUCACUCGAAUAAUGCUAUCGGAAUUGACCGACACUGAUCUGUCGCCAAAGAAUUUCCCUUUCUUUACAUGCAAAGAACUUGACGUGGGUCUUGCCAAUGGUAUCCGGGCACUGAAUUUGACACACACUGGUGAGUUGGGUUAUGUUUUGUAUAUACCAAACGAAUUUGCCUUGCACGUGUACACCAAACUGAUGGAAGCCGGCCAAAAGUACGGAAUCAAGCAUUGUGGAUACUAUGCGAUGCGAACAUUGCGUGUUGAAAAGUUCUUUGCGUUCUGGGGACAAGAUCUGGAUACGUUUACUACUCCCUUGGAGUGCGGCCGAAUGUGGCGUGUAAAAUUCGAUAAACCCGUCCAUUUUAUUGGUAGAGAUGCAUUGCUAAGACAACGGGACGAAGGGGUUCGUCGAAUGUAUAUACAGCUGUUAAUCAACGAUCACGAUCCAGAUAUAGAUCUGUGGAGUUGGGGCGGUGAACCGAUAUACAGGAACGGCGCCUAUUGUGGACAAACAACAACCACAGCCUAUGGGUUCACGUUUAAGAAACAGAUAUGCCUGGGAUUCGUAAAGCAUCUUGACAACAAUGGUAAUCCAUUGCCGGUGACAAAUGAUUUCGUGCUCAAUGGUGACUAUGAAGUAGAAAUCGCCGGAAUUCGCUACCCGGCCAAAGCCAACUUGCAUUCGCCCAAUCUACCCACAAAGUAUCCAGAUCAGGAACGCGAAGCGUACAAGGCAACGAGAGACAAAUCGGACGACAGCAGUUUGCUCGCCUUACGGAAGAGGUAAUCGAGUUAACGCGCUAUCCUUUGCUAGACCCUCCAAUAGUGUUUGUGUGUGUGUGUGAAUGUGGAGAUGUGUGUGAGUGUGUGACUAUGACAAUAUGUUAUUCAACAAAAGAUAUCAAAAUGAAAUCAAUCAUUUUAACGUGCAAAGUGUUCUCAUCUAGAAAAACGCGCCAAUUACAUUGGUCUUCCUUAUAUUUUGUUAGUUAUUAUUUAUUGUGAUUUUUGCUUUCAAUAUUAUACUCAAUAAAAUAAUGAAAUAUAUAUAUGAAUUUUAACA